AUGAAUCGCCUUUUGCUUCUCUUCGUCGUGUUCUCCAUGGUAUGUGCCAAUUCGCAAUUCCAUCCAAGGCAUCUGAGGUCCGAGAAGUAUUACUACAAGAUUCUCGCUCAAAUGGAGAACGGCGGAAAAGACGGAAUCGUUGCUUCUCGAGAUCCAACAAUCGAGCGCAACUGUUUCUUCACACCGAAAAAUGAAGAGCUCGCUGAGGAGUUUAUGGCGUAUUCGGAUUGUCUGAAACGAGCUGAACUCGAUGUUGGAAAUGAGGCGAAAAUAAAAGUGAUUUAUGCAACUCGAGGACAAGAUGUUAUUCUUCCUUGUUUCACAUGUGUUUCCCCUGAAGAUGGCCUCGAGAUUGAUUCGACGUACAAACCAUCGGCCGGUCUGGUUGGAAGAAUGCUCAAGAAUGUUGAGGAUUUCUUCAAAGAGAAGUUUUUACGAUCUUCGUAUUCAAUGCCGGACAAAAAUCGAUGGAAAUUCGACUGGGAAUUCGCGAUGCUCGGAAGAGGAUUUGUGCCGCUAUCCAAUAUGCAUUUCUCCGCUUCGGAUUCGAUCACUGACCGAAUUUUAAGAUUUGUGCGUCAAGAUGAUGCCGAUUUCAAAUUAGGAGAUCGAUAUGAAUUGGUUUUGAAAAAUGUCGAUGCCAAUAAUACGGGCUUCUUUCGAUGUAUUAAUCGACAUGGAAGAAAUAUCAUUUCAAAUAUGUAUUUCGUUGAAGUGGUCAAUCAUGUCGAUAUUGUUUCGAUAAGUGGAGAACUUAAUAAUAAUGAAAUACCGGAAGAAGUGCAAUUAACAUCACAAAAAUUCGAAGAGGAAAAGUUGAAUGCAGAGCCGAAAGCGAGCCAAUGGUCCGAAUGCAGUUAUUGUGGAUCGGAUCGGGGAGAGCAGAUGCGAUCAAUCCGAUGCUAUAUUGAGCCGAUGUUGGAUCACGAGCAUCUUCCAAACAAUUCCAAAUUUGUGACAUUGUUCGACAAAAUUCCGUGCACGUCUAGUCUCGUUCCGCUCGAAAUUCGAAACAAAAUCAAAGCGGCUGAAAACCAUGUGGUAUAUGUCCAAAUUAAACCAUGUUUUGUGCCAUGUACAAAAAAAGAGCAAAUCGAGAGAGAAAUUAAUUCGUCGGAAGACCUUGGCGAAUUGCGAACUCUCGAUUAUUUGCCUGCCGGAGAAUUCAUUUUUGGUAAUUUAUUGCCGCGAUUGUUGCCGCCAGUUAUGAGAAGAGUACAGUUGGUAACUGAAGGUGAUCCUUUAAUAUUGACUUGUCAAAAGUUGAUAGAUAAAGACAGCGGUGUUCAUUGGUAUUCGUUGAAUCGCGGACCACUGCAAUUUGAAAAUAUCACUGAAACUUUUUCAGGCCGCGCAUAUUUCGAUGCCGAGGCAAAUCUGGUGUUCGAUCGAUUUGCAGCCGAAGACGAUGAUGAAUACUUCUGCUAUUCAUCCAACAACAUUCUCCUUGGAACAUUUCACAUUCGCGUUGUCGAUAAUGACAAAAGCCAAGAAGUCGUUGAAGUGAUUCUAAUGACAAUUCCCAAAUUUGGGUACAGUCAUAUGAAUUUCUUGGGAAAAGUUGCUGAUGUUUUAGUUGAAGAAGGACAUGAUGUGACAUUUUUAUUGCCUAAUGUUAUUCCACAACUUCCAAGUAAUGCAUCCAAAUUGGCUAAAGUUGUCUUGGUCCCAAGUGAUAAAAAAGUACAUGAAAUAGUUGAAGAAUCGGCAAAAAGUGGAGCCGUCGCCAACUUGUGGACACAUUCGGCCAAUUCUUAUCUCGGGAUUAUGUGGAGCGUAGAUUUACUUGGAAAAGUGUCAUAUUACAAUACAAAAUCAUGGUUUGAUAAUAAAGAGUUGAUUGAACAAUUUAAAAACGAACAAUUUGAUAUUGGAAUAACAGAAUUGUUUGAUUUCAGUGGAAUGGCGAUAUUUCAUUCGAUUGGGUUGAAGAAUGUGAUAGCUGCGUCCUCAAUGACAAUCGCUGAAAUAAGCAGUCUGGCUACCGGUGCUCCGAUACUGCCAUCGUUCGUUCCUGGAUCGCAGGCAUUCACAGAUGACAGUGGAAAUUUAAUUUCCCGUCUUCAAAAUCUUUAUAUGACAUAUUAUUCGUACAAGUUCCAAGAGAAGAUUAUGGAUUAUACUCAAAAGGCAAUGAAUGAACAUUACGGAGAAAAUUCGCCACAGAUAUUUGAUCUGAUAAAAGAUAUCACUUGGUUCAUCACCAACAGUGAUCCAUUGUUUGAUUUUCCGAAACCUCUUCCGCAUAAUAUCGUUGAAGUGGCUGGAAUCGGAGUGGCAAAAGUGAAUGCUCUGCCGAAAAAUUGGGACGAAUUAUUGAAUAGGCGCUCGAAAAAUGUUUUAGUUUCUUUUGGAUCAAUUGCUUCAGCAAAUACGAUGCCAAAAAAUGUCAAACAAUCAUUAGUUGAAACAUUCGAAGCAUUCCCAGAUGUCACAUUUAUUUGGAAAUUCGACGAUUCGGAAGAGAAGCUGACUGCCCGUCUCGAAAAUGUCGAAGUGGUCAGCUGGAUGCCACAAAAUGAUCUACUAGCUGACAAUCGGAUAACUUUGUUUUGGACUCAUGGUGGUCUUGGAAGUCUAAUGGAGAGUGCUCAUAAAGGAGUCCCACUUCUUGUAGUUCCCAUAUUUGGAGAUCAAAUGAGAAAUGCACAAAUCUCAAAAAGACAUGGCGCUGGAGUGAUUUUCGACAAAAUGGAACUCGGCAAUUCUCAAAAACUUAUUAAAACGCUCAAGGAAAUGCUCGAGAAUCCAAGCUAUAAAGAAAAUGCGUUGCUACUGGCGAAAAUUCUGGCGACAAACCGUAUUUCGCCUCGUCAAAAACUGCUGGAAGUGAUCGAAUUUGCUGGAAGUUUCGGACCAAUGCCGCGUUUCACGUCCAAUUCCAAACAUUUCUCACUGAUUAAAUACUACAAUGCCGACCUUUUAUUAUAUUUCAUUGUGCUCGUUUUGUUCACAAUUUGGAUUUUUUCGAGAAUCGUCACAUCUUUAUUAUUGUCUCAAAAUGCAGAGAAACGCAAAUUUGAAUAA